CUUAGUGUUAUAUUUGUAGAGAGAGGGGACGAUGAUACACAUUCGCAAUAAAAACGAACUUAAAUGUUUCGACCGUUUCAUUGGUUUUAAAAUAUGAAAGAAAAAAAUCUGUAAUUUGACCAAACCAUACAUCGAUUUGCCUGCCCUGUCCGACUCAAAUUUUUUGGUCGGAUGUCUACCUCUCAACUCCGGUUUGCCAAUGUUCGAGGUUAAAGCGAAUGUGGGGGCAGAAAAUGGGCAUGGGGGUGUAUAUCAUACAGACUUGCACUCGUCAAUUUCGUCUAUUCAUUUUUAAAGCGAAAAAACAACUUGAAAAGAAAGAAAGAGUGAGUUAAUUUUGGUAGCCAAAAUAUCGUGAAAUAUUAAUUUCUCUACGAAACUUUAAAAAUCGGGAUAAAAACAUUUUCAGCAUUAACUAUCGAAUCAUCUAUCACAUUUACAUUAGUUACUUUGGUUUCGAUGCAUAUUGUCUUACGAAUUUUGUAAUAUCAUCUAUACAUAAAUUACAUUUUCAAAUAAGUUAAUUGAAUCUGCUAAUGACAGACUCACAAAUUUUACUUCCAAUAAUGACAAUUAAAGGACAUGAAAUGGACAAUACAUUACAUAUGAAUGAAUCAGUAGAUAAUGAAAAUUAUAUCGGUGAUUCAUGUGACAAUUUAGAUGAUGAUAAUAUGUCGUUUACAUCGAAUGAUCUAUCACAGAAGGCAAAUCAUCAACAUGAGCAUGAACAAGAAGACAACCGUGAUCAACAUCAAUUCAGUGUUCAACAACAUCAACAAAACUCUCCAUAUAAUCUUGGAAAUGAAAAUGGUCACGAAACACAUAAUUCUGACGAAAUAUUAUCUAAUAUGGCUGACAUAAAAAUGGAUACAAUGGAAGAUUUACAAAAAGAUGAUAAUUCUAUGAAUACUUAUCGAGUAAAUAGUAAACAACAAUUUAAAGACAAUCAAUCAUCAAAUUGUCAUCAACAAUUAACAAAAAUUAACAAAUUAUCCAAUAGUCCAAUUAGUACAAACAUAUCAACGAAUACUACUAAUACUACUACUACUGCCACGAAAGCAUGUGCCAAAAAGUCAUUUGUAUGGAAAUAUUUUCAUCAUCCUGAAAUAAAGCACGGUAUACCAGAUCGUAGCCGAACACAAUGUAUUCUAUGUGAUAGUCAAUUAGCUUUUAAUGCAUCCGGUACAACAACUACUAUGUUAAAUCAUUUAAAAAGUCGUCAUGGGGAAAUCGCUGAACAAGAAGAGACAUUACGUCGAUUUAAUCGUGAUUCAAGAAAGAACCAACUACGUAAUAUGAUUUUAUCAUCUAAUGAUUGUAAAUUAUCACCAACUAGUAUAAACACUAAUAAUACAAUAAUAAAGAAUAAUGAAAUGAUUAAUUCAUUUAAUGAAAAUACACAAACUAUACGAAAUAUUUCAACAAAUCUUAUAAAUAGUAAUAAUAAAUACAGUCGUGGUACAUUAUCAGUUGGACAACGUGGUCGACCUCCAGGUUCAGGUAGAAGACAGAAAUCUAUGAAUUGUUCCAAAUUAAAUGAGAAUGUGGAUUUUUUAAAUCAAGAUACUAUAACGAAUGGCAAUUUGAAAGCGGAAGGAAAUGCAGCUUAUCCAGUUACAAAUUAUCAGACAACAUUAUCUGAUCAGCAGAAAGCUUUCUUGAAUGAAAUGUUACUGUCAGCCGCUGCAGCAGUAUCUGCAUCAACAGUCAGUGUAUCAAAAAGUGACAAUCGAGUGAAUGGAAGCUUCAUUAAUCAAACAUCAUCACCAUCAGCAACUUCAUCUCCGUCAUUUUUUGCAUCACCUACGUUACUAGGACAAUUACCGUCAAAUGAUUCAAAUCCUACAAAAUCACCAUUUACAUUAUUGAAUAAUAUUACGGGACUACCAAAUAUACCAUUUCAACUACCCGUGAAUACACCACAAAUCAAUUGUUCAUCUGGAACGACAACAUCGAUAUCAACGACAUCAGCUAUUCAUGAAUUAUCACCAUCAUCGAGUUCCGGUUUAAGUUUAAGUUGUGUAAACAGCCCAUUUGAAACAUCAACAAAUACAGCCACUACAAUAUCUAAUACUGUCUUCAUGUCAUCACCAUCAUCCUCUUCAUCACCUACUAACUCUCUGGGAUAUCGUAGUAUUACAUCACCGAUUGGUUGUAGUGGUGGAGGACAAUCAAAUAUUAAUAUAAGAAAUAAUCUAUUGUCAAAUAUACGAACAACACAUAAAAGUCAAGAAUUUAAUCAUUUACAUAUAAAUAAUAUUCUAAUGAAUGGACAAUCUUUAAAUGUGAAAGAUUCAUGUAAUAGCGGUAACCAAGAAGUUACAAAUUUACCAUUGAAUAUGCAAAAUAUAACUCAAGAUAAAGAAAAAUUCUUAAAUUUAAGUAAUGAGAACAAUGAGAAUAUUUUUGAUUUAACACAAUUGAAUAAAACACCCAACUCAUCUACUAUAUUAUCAACUGGAAUCAAUACCAAUAAUAUUAAUUCACUAUCCAUGUUAAAUUGUUCAUCAGAUAUAAUGAUGUCAGCUUUAGGAAAUUUUGUUAAUUUAAUGCCAUCUGUUAAUAAUUUAUUAAAUGAUACUACUACUAAUAAUUUCACAAAUAGUAGUUUGAAUAAUAUGACAACAAUGAAUCAAGCUGAUGAAAUUAAUCAAUCAAAUCAAUUUACUAAUCAGUUAUCAAAAUCUAUGAUACAAUCAAUAUCUCCACAACAAUAUCAUCAUCAUCAACAACAACAGCAACAACAGUUACUAAUGGCAAAUGCUUGGUUAACUAAUUUAACAAAUGGGAAAUUUUCAAAUUAUUCUAAUAAUUUAAUUGAUCCAUGUAUUAUGUUUAAUUUGUUAAAUUUAAAUUCUAAUACAACUAUAGGAAAUAAAUUAAAUAAUGAAAUUUCGAAUAUGUUACCAACGACAAAUUUAAAUUAUUCAGAAAAUUUAAAAAUUAAAACAAAUACUACUGAUAAUAGUAAUAAUAAUAAUGAUAAUAAUAAUAGUAAUAUAAAUCAUCCAAUUAAUUAUUUAAUAAAUAAUCAAAAUAAAAAAUUUAAUGAAGAAAUUGCAAUGAAUUGGUCAAAUAGUUUUAAUAAUUCAUUACCUAUUAAUGUAAAUAAUUUAAAUAUAAAUAAUAAUAAUAAAUUAUCUCAGCCAAUAACAAGUACAUUUAAUCAAUUCACUACAUCAUUUCAAUUAAAUAAUAAUAACAAUAAUAAUAAUGAAACAUCAAUAGGUAUGAAUUUAAUAAAUAAUCAACAAAUACAAGAUGGUAAAAUAAAUUUUUUCUCUUCAUCACCACCACCACCAUCAUCAUCGUCAUCAUCAUCAUUAUCGUCAUCAUCAAUGAAUAAUGAAGUUGAAAGUUAUUCAGUAAUGUCGAAAAUUUCACUUAAUAAUAAUAAUGGUUAUGUUAAUAUUAAUAAUAAUAAUAAUAUGUCUUGUUUAUUUCCUAAUUUAACUUAUCCAUCAUUGGGACAAGAUAAAUUUUCUUACAUGAAUACAUUACCUUUUAUGAUGAAUGGUAUUAAUAAAAUAAUCGAUAUGAAAAAUCAAGAAAUAAAUGAUGUUUCAUUAGAUUUAACGACAACAUCUACAACUGUCAAUAAUAAUAAUGAUAAUAAUGGAGUUACAAUGAUUACUAACUCUAAUAGUCACAGGAUAGAUGGUAACAACUAUAAGCAUAGUAAUAAUAAUGAUUGUAAUUUUGACAUAAUUAAAAAUAUAAAAACUAAUGAUAGUAAGAAUUGUAUUUUAGAUAUGAGAUCGAAUAAUCAAUUAACUAAUCCUAAAUAUUCUUCUACUGAACAACAAAUGAUUAAUUCAUCAUUAUAUUCUUCAUCAAAUUAUACAGUAUCAACAAAACGUAAACGUUCACGUCCUGUUUAUAUUUCACCAGAAAAAGAAUUAAAACGUAGCUCCAUUGAAUCAAAUCAAUCAUUCGACGGUGAAGAUAUGAAAAUGAAAAGAUAUCAUACAGAAAAGGCUAAUUUAAGUAUAAAUAAUCAUAAUAAUACUGAUUCGUGUAUUGAUGAUAAGAAAUCCUGUUGGGAAAUAAAACAAAAUGUACAAAAUAUACCUGAACAAGACAAUGAAGAACAUGAUAGUGAUGAAGAGCAUAGACUGACUAUUAAUCAGUCAUCAUCAUGUUCGUCAUCAUCAUCAUCUUCAUCAUCAAUGUCAUUGACAAGAAGUACAUUUAUGCAGUCAAAAUCAAAUACUAUGGUAACGCGUAAUCAAUUAUCCUAUCAUGUUGCUCAGUAUCUAAUUAAAGAUAUAAAACCCCCUGAGACAAUCGAUGGGGAAGGUUUUCGGAAACUUUUGUCAUUAUUUACAAAUCAUAAAUUACCAACCAUAAAAGAAAUUUCCGAAAUAACAUUCCCUGAAUUAUAUAUUAAAAUAGAAGAUCAUCUAAAUAAAUUACUUGACAAAAGAAUUAUGCAAUCCGAUUCAUUUAACUCCGCAAUCAGCUUUUCGAUUGAAUUAUGGAAUACGAUAAACAAUCAUAAUAAUAAUAGUAAUGUAUCUAAAGAUUGCAUAGUCACAGAAAAUAAGCAGCAGUUUGCGAACAUUGGUGUUCAUUACAACUCUAGUCAACCAACAAUAACACACAAUUAUUUAUAUAAAUCUAUACAAAAUCCGAAUUGCACAAAUUUGCUUGAAGUCGUGGAUAAAUGUCGAGCACGUUUAUUAUCUAAACUUCAACUUGUAACAAAUGAAAAUAUGUCAGAAAUUUCAUCAACAUCUUCAGAAGUGAAUACAAUUACUACUGCUACUACAUCAUCAUCAUUGUCUGAAACUACAUCAACGGGGAUUUCUGAUAAAAAUAUUCAUAAUAAAACACCGGAACAAUCUCAGUCACUAUUAGAAGUUAUGCAAUGGCCAGUACCGAUCAUAACUAAUGAUGUUGAAUUUCUAAAACAUUUAAUUAAUGAAACUGAAUCAAAUGUUAUCAUAUUACCAUGUUUGGUAUCAGAAUUAUCGAAAGCUUUAUUAGUAGGACUUAAUACCGAUAUAAUUUGUAAUUUAAUAAAGAAUUUAAUAAAAGUUUAUCAAUAUAAAACAAUGAAAACGAUAACAGAAUAUUCUAUUCAUAAAUUUAAUUUCGAUGAGUUAAAAAAAUCAAAUUGUUGUAAAGCUGUUUAUGAUUUAUUAAAUUGGUAUUUAAAUGAAUAUUCAUUCAAUAAAAAUAAUAAUGAUGAAAUUAGUAGUCAUGGUGACAAGGAAAAUAUAAAUGAAAUUGAUUUAGAAACUAUAAAAGGCAUCAUUUCUAUCUUAGAUACAAUCGGUCAAACUUUGGAAUUUAUCCACAAGAAAGAUCUUAUUCUAACUGGUUCAAUGAUUGAGCCAAUAUUAACAAAUUUAUGUGACACACGUCUUGCAAACGAAUCAUCAAAUUUAAGUAUUGUUGAAGAAUUCAAGUCAACAAUUGUAUCCUAUUUAAUGAAUUCUUUUCCUAAUAAUGGUACCAUUUAUGAAACAUUAUGGAUUGCCAGUUUAUUAGAUCCACGUUUUAAAAGUCAAGUACAAGAUAAAAAGCCAACAGUGAUUAAAUUGUUGAGAAUGAAGGUUGACGCCAUGCUCACCCAAUCUCCUACUAUUAACAUUUGCAAUAAUACACCCAAAUCAAAUUCUGAUAAUCAAUUACCAUCUGAGACAACAACUUCAUCUAUCGAUUCAACUACUAUAUCAAACAAGCCUAGUGAAUUAGAAACUGUAUUUGGUUUAAAUUAUUUUCCACGUACAUCUCUAUCAGAAGUUGAUCGUUAUCUUCGUGAAGAUCCAAUUGGAUUAGAAGAAGAUCCUUACCAAUGGUGGCAGAUAAAAUCAUCUAAUUAUCCAAAUUUAUCAUUAUUAGCUAUGUAUUAUUUAGCUAUAUCAUUAACAUGUAUUACACCAGAACGAUUAAAAUCAUUAAAUCACUCUGAUCCUAAUCAUCAAUCUAUUCCAGAUAUUAAAUUAAAUUUAUUAACAUCAAUAUAUGAAAAUAAAAACAAACAGCAAUUACCAUCAACAUCAUUAUUAUUAUUAGAUUUACCAAAUAUAAUUGAUAUAUUUGGUCAAGGUCGUUUAUAUAUUAAUAAUGAAAAUCAAAUCAUGUAUAAUUAUUUAUGGCAUAAUUGGCAUUUGACAAAAUUUAUUUAAAUCUACUUUCGUUUUGUUUGUUUGCUUGAUUCCUUCUUCUUCUUCUUCUUUUUUUUUUUAAGAAAAACAUAUUUUGUAUAGACCACUAGUUUUCUUUAUUGAAUAUCAUCUUGGAAAAUUUCACUCGUUGCAUAUAGUUUUUGUUCGUUUUUUGUUGUUGUUGUUGUUUGUUUCAAAUUGACUACUUCUACUUUAUUAAUUUUCUUUGCGUUUAUUUACCCCUGUGAUAUGUAAAUUAAACCUUAUCUAUUUGUUCCAUGGUGAAUAUACAUAUAUGAUAGACAUUCAUAUAAAUGUAAACAUUGUUAAGUGAUGUUUAUUCCAUGCUAUCAUUAAUAAUUGAUAUAAUUCCCAUAAAUAGUUUUGAUCGGUUCUUCACAUAUUUUUCGUUCAAUUUUUUUUUUGUUCUUCUUCACCAUAUUUUAAAACAUUAUGAAGUUAAUGAUUGUUAAUUUGACAUUAAUUUAGUACUUCUAAGAACAUUCCUUAUAUUGAUGUAAUUAUAUCUAACAUAAAUAAUGAUGACAGUUAUUUUUAUUUAAAAGGGAAAUUAAAAAAAGUAUAAAGGGAAGUUAACCGAAAAAAAUUGACAAUACAACUUCUUGUUCUUUUCUUUUUCAAAGAUUUUCAAAGCUCUUCUUUUCUUUGAAAAGAAUAUAAUGAAUUUCUAUUUUCUUGGUAAAAAGAAACAAAAUGUAAGAAUUAAGGAACCUGUAAAUUUCUUGAAUAAUUCUAUUAUGAAUGAAUAUAAAUUCA